AUGUAUCUAUCUCGCUCUAUCAUCAGGAGGUUCGGUGGCGUGCGAAGAGGACGGCAGGAUGCACCCGCUCGCCAGGUGACCCUGUCGGCUACACCCGCGGAACAUGUCAUGGGAUUCCAUAGAGUCGCCGGGGUGCCGGCGCACCAAUUGUCGGCGACGCGACUUCUCAGCUCACCAGAUCCAUCACGACACCAUAUCGAAGAUCCACCAGAACUUUAUCCAUUCUCUGAAGAAUAUGCCAAUGAGAAUCGCAAUGGCGCCAUUCGCUGGGGAUCACGCUUCGGACCAGCCCACAGACCUUCUGGAGUCUUGGAGUGCUUCAGGGUCUGCCGGUCUAGAUUGGAUCAGUACUUUGCUAGAAGAAAGAUUGAACGUGGUCUUCGUCUCUACAUGCAAAACGAGCAACGCCAGGCGGUCAAAGUAUGGCUGUCUGCAUUACGAGGAGUUAGACAUAGAACUGACAAAUUCGCUUUAUUGGGACACUUGUAUAAAGCUUACAUGGACUUUGGGAAGUACAGGGAAUCGCUGGAAUUCGCAAACCGUCAGCUUGGCAUAUCUGAAGAACUAGACUCCGCGCCGAUGAGGGCGGAGGCGUACCUCAACUUGGCGAUGGCUCAUCAGAACUUGGGUGGUCUUGACAGGGCCUUGUCAUACGCUCGUCACGCGUUGUACAACGACUGCGGUGGUGGUUCAACUGCUGGGUUUGUCCAUUUGACGGUAGCUGUGGUCAGUAUGGAAUUAGGAGCAGUUUCCAAAGCGAUGGAUGGAUUCAUGAAAGCACUUGGAGUUGCCCAAGCUCAGGAUAACGACGUUCUUACACUACAAGUGUAUGUAGGUCUAUCCGAAUUGUGGCGUAGAUUACGAGACCUGGAACGGUCUUUCGGUUGUGCUUCUCGUGCCUGUGAUGUGGGUAGAGGUCAUAACUCUUUAAAUCUCAACACUCGCCACCACAGAAAUGCUCUUCUUCAAAUGGCAGCGGCACUCAGAGCUAAAGGGGAACUUGGUGAUGCUCAUGAUUAUGUCAAUGAAGCCCUACGUCUAGCAUCUGUCGCUGGAGACCAGGGCUGCUACGCUCGAGCAAUGAGGCUAGCUGGGGAUGUGUAUAGACGGAAAAGUGACUUGGGGAAGGCUUUAAGACAUUACGAAGUUGCGAUGGGGGCUGGUCAGUCUUUGGGAGACAGAUUAGCGCAGAUGGAGGCGAUGGACGGAGCAGCCAGAUGCUUGGACGAACUGAGAUUACAAGGACGCAUAUGUAACUGCAGACCUCUGGAAUUCAACACGAGGUUGCUAGAGGUCGCUACUUCUGUUGGAUCAAAGAUGUUAGUACGUCGCGUUCGUCUACGUCUGGCUGACAUCUACACAGCUCUAGGUGAUAAUAACGCGGCCGCCCGUCAGAAGAGAGCUGCCAGCGCGUGGGCAGCGCCCACGUGUGGGCGUUGUAGGGAACCACUGGCGGAGCGACCAGAACCUCUUGUGUCUCUACCGUGUACACACUUCGUACAUCUAGCCUGUAUGCCGGAGUCCUGGUCGCGUCGCUCCAACCGUGGUUCUGGUGAAUGUGCUGAAUGCGCCUCACCACGUGCUAGGGCUCCGCCCCCCGCCCCGCCAGCCCCGAGGAGCCUGCCCUCACAAGUGGACUUUCCAUUCGGCACACCUCCCACGCUGCGUGAUUCUGACAUAAACUCCGUGUUAAGUGACCACAGCAGUCAACAAGCUACGUCCAGUGUUUAA